GUGGAGACAGUUUAAGAGCUUUCUUACAACUUAGAUAUACUGCGGUGCACUUUUGACCUCUGUUGUCAUUCAUACAGACCUUGAUUUAGAGUUCCUACUUACCUAGUCACAGCAACAAUGGCUUCUCUCAGCACCCUCAUGCCCCCACUUGACAAUGGGCUCCUGCCUGCGUACCUAAUGUUGGUAUCCGUUCUCGCUAUCGGCAACGCCUUGCAGAACUUCACCACUCUUCACUACAGCCGGCGUAUCUACAAUGGCCUUUUUGUGUCCAACCCCACGCUAAAGCGCAAGGAGCGUACCGAUGAGAACCCAAGGCAUAACCCUGAGGACAGCAUCAACAAGCUCGUCCCUGCAUCGAGCACCGGAAAGGACGUCGAGAAGGCCAACGACCAACUCACCCCUCUUGCGGCCCGUUUGUUUGCGGUGUGGACGCUCAUCACUGGCGUUGUGCGUCUGUAUACCGCCUACGACGUUUCCAACCCGGCCCUUUACCAGCUGUCGGUUCUUACGCACUUCCUCGCCGGUGGACACUUCCUUUCCGAGCUUCUUGUCUUCAAGACAUGCCGCCCAAGUGUUCCCGUCCUCUUCCCGAUCUUUGCCGGAUCGACUGGAUUUAUCUGGAUGACCCUGCAGUACACCCACUACGUCGGUCCUUUCACCCUGCCAUUGUUCAGGUAAUUUCAUUAAGCAGGAUAUGGUUUGGAGGAAAGCGCAUGCUCCAUGAAAACAUUCUCGAAUCAUAUGGUUGAGCGUUCGCAGAGGUUGGCUCGGCACAGCAUUAGACUUGCGGUACAACUCUCCGUCGCAGGCCCUCAAACGAGCCGCGGCUUGCUCCGGGGUAAUGUCGCGCUGAGGCUCGGCUAAAAGCUCAUAUCCCACAAGGAACUUCUUCACGGUAGCUGAGCGAAGCAGCGGCGGGUAGAAAUGCAUAUGGAACCAGCUGCUCUC